AUGAAUACAAGUUCAAUAUUACCGCCAAGUUUGCACCCGCUCAUUGCUGGUGCAGCAAGUGCAUUUGUAACAACAACAUUAUAUCAACCAUUAGAUUUUCUUAAAACUCAAAUACAAGAACCUAAAGAUGGAGUUUCGAAACGUUCAAUAGGAUCACUAACGAAAUAUACUGUACAGCAAUAUUCAACACUUCGUCUAUGGCGUGGAUUAACACCGUCCUUAUUUCGUGCUGUACCUGGUAGUGCUCUUUAUUUUCAUUUGCUCAAUUUACUUAAAGAAAAAAUACCAAAAGCUCAACAAACAGUUUUUGUGAAUGGAGUAUGUGGUGCUUUAGCUCGAGGUGUAGCUGAUUUAGUUGUUUUUCCAUUUACAUUAAUCAAAGUUAGACUUGAAAGUUCUCGAUACACAACAAUGAGUAUGACGGGUAUUAUAAAGCAUGUAUAUUUAAUGCAUGGUUUACAAGGUUUUUAUACCGGUCUUCUGCCUACUUUAGCACGAGAUCUUCCAUUUUCUGGUAUUUAUUACAUGUCAUAUCGUAAAUUGAAAGAUAUAUUUUCAGAUGAUAUGAAUAUUCCAUCAAAAAAAAGUUGGAUGACAUCUCAAGCUUUAAUAAGUAUUGCAGCUGGUUUAAUUGCUUCAUUUAUUACUCAACCGGCUGAUGUUAUUAAAACAUAUCGACAGGUAGCUCCAACUGACUAUCAAAAUGUUCGUAUAACAAUCAAAUCUAUUAUUAAAACAUAUGGUUUAAUUGGUUUUGGAAGUGGUUUUUUUCUGCGAGCAUUUCGUCGUACACUUGUAGCUGCAACAGCUUGGACUUUAUAUGAAUCAUUUUUAAGAUAA